GGAUGGCCUUUGAAGCUCCCCCGCAUAGGAAGUGCUUGCAGCAGAGUCGUCGAGGUCAAGCUCCUCCUCGAGACCUCUCUCUCACCACCAGGAGUGCUGGAAUCCUGACCUCACGAGACAGGCCUGUCUGCUUCUUCUGGCUUGUGUGUAAUUUUUUUGUGUGAAAUUGUUGCUUUAAUUUACUGCAUUAUGGACCGAGAUUAUGGCAGCAAACCUGGGAGUGGAGGUGCUGCCUCUGACCAGAAUGAGGCAAUUGAUCGACGGGAGCGGCUGCGGCGAUUGGCGUUGGAGACGAUCGACCUCGCCAAGGACCCUUACUUUAUGCGAAAUCAUCUUGGAAGUUAUGAAUGUAAGCUUUGCUUGACACUUCAUAACAACGAGGGUAAUUAUUUGGCUCAUACCCAAGGCAAGCGGCAUCAGACAAAUUUGGCAAAACGUGCAGCUCGUGAGGCCAAAGAUGCCCCUGCCCAACCCCAACCUAACAAAAGAAAAGUUAAUCCUCGAAAGACAGUAAAAAUUGGUCGCCCUGGUUAUCGAGUGACCAAGCAGUUUGAUCAGGAAACUAGACAGCGUUCUCUACUCUUCCAGAUUGAGUAUCCUGAAAUUGAAGAGGGGACUGAGCCUCGCCAUCGUUUUAUGUCAUCUUAUGAACAGAGGGUACAGGCUUGGGACAAGCGCUACCAAUAUCUCCUUUUUGCUUCAGAACCUUAUGAAAUUAUUGCUUUCAAGGUCCCUAGCUUUGAAAUUGAUAAAAUCUCAAAUAAGUUUUUCACUCACUGGGACCCUGACACAAAUAUGUUCACACUUCAACUCUAUUUCAAACUAAGACCCACUGAUCAGAAAGGUGGUCCGCCUUUGGGUGUCAAUGGACCUCCCUCUGGUGUAACUCCUCCUAAUCGACCUCCACCUCCGUAUCAUAUGGGGGGACAAGCACCUGGCGGUCCUCCAAUGUGGGGCCCACCCCAACGUGGUCCACCUCCGAUGAGUGGGCCUCCUCACCAGAUUGGAGGACUCCAACAAAACAUGAAUGGUCCUCAUCGUUCCAUGCCCCCCUCUCGGAUUUUUCCUGGAGGUUCACAGAUGGGAGGACCCCCUCGCGGAUUUCCACCUAGUCCCCCUCCCGGUAUGCGAGGGCCUCCACCAAAAGAUGGACCUCCCCGGGGCUUCAAUCAAAGGCUAUCUUCACAGGGGUACCAGAUGGGACCUCCAAUCAACCAAGGCAUGAGGCCUCCUGGUCCUCCACCUCCCAACAUGGGUCAGCAGAUGAUGCACAGGCCACCCCCUUCCCAGCUAUGAAGCAUUGUGAGAAAGUAACGGAGUAGAUUUCUUUUGAAAUUUUAAAUUUUAAAUGUGAAUUUUAAACCUGUAUACUGGUUCGAGAUUUUUUUUUUCAUUCUAAUUCUCGGUCUUUCACUUUAAAAGAGUUUUAGUCUUGUACACUCA